AUAAACUUUGUUUUGGAUCUAUCUCUACCUAUCUAUAUAACCUUUCUCUCAAGAUAGUAACACUACACUACCUACUUUGAAAAUGGGAUUAAGUGAAGUGUUUGUUGUGUUCUUCUUCUUCCUAUCUUGUGUGAAGUGUGUUGAACUAAAAGACUCAUCACCCUCUUGUUCUUUUCCUGCAAUAUACAACUUUGGAGACUCAAAUUCAGACACUGGUGGCAUAUCAGCUGCAUUUGUUCCAAUUCCUUCACCAUAUGGUCAAGGCUUUUUCCACAAACCUUUUGGUAGAGACAGUGAUGGUCGUGUCAUUCUUGAUUUUAUAGCUGAGAAGCUAAAGUUGCCAUAUUUAAGUGCUUAUCUGAAUUCACUUGGAACCAAUUAUAGACAUGGGGCGAAUUUCGCAACUGGUGGAUCCACCAUCAGGAAGCAGAAUGAGACAAUAUUUCAAUAUGGAAUAAGUCCAUUCUCUCUUGAUAUUCAAAUUGUGCAGUUCAACCAGUUCAAAGCAAGAACCAAACAACUUUACCAAGAAGCCAACAAUUCACUUGAAAGAAGCAAGCUUCCUGUGCCCGAGGAGUUCGCUAAGGCACUCUACACAUUUGAUAUUGGUCAAAAUGAUCUCUCCGUUGGGUUUAGGAAGAUGAAUUUUGACCAAAUUCGUGAAACCAUGCCGGAUAUAGUUAACCAGUUAGCCUCUGCAGUCAAAAAUAUAUACGAACAAGGAGGGAGGUCAUUUUGGAUACACAACACUGGCCCCAUUGGAUGUAUGCCGGUGAACCUAUUUUACAAGCACGAUGUACCAGCUGGCUAUUUUGACCAGUAUGGAUGCGUAAAGGAUCAAAAUACAAUAGCUGUUGAAUUCAACAAGAAGCUUAAGGACAGAGUUGUCAAGCUGAGAACAGAACUUCCUGAGGCUGCAAUUACAUAUGUAGAUGUUUAUGCUGCAAAAUAUGGACUAAUCAGCAAUACAAAAAAUGAAGGAUUUGUGGAUCCAAUGAAGAUCUGUUGUGGUUAUCAUGUGAAUGAUACACAUAUAUGGUGUGGGAAUUUAGGAACAGCAAAUGGGAAAGAUGUGUAUGGUACAUCUUGUGAAAAACCAUCAAUGUAUGUGAGUUGGGAUGGUGUUCACUAUGCUGAAGCUGCUAACCAUUGGGUCGCUGAUCGUAUACUCAAUGGAACUUUCACUGACCCAGCAACACCUAUUUUACAAGCAUGUUAUCGGCAUUAAAAGAAUGAGUUAGAUUAGAACCAUUUUAUCGUUGGGUCUAGCACUAGUGGUUGGUGCGCAGCGUGUGUUAGUGUUUCGAUUCCUACUCAUAAAAUGAGUUCGAACGAUUUCUGUUUGCGAAGUCUUGAGAAGAAUUUCAGUGACUGAUAUGAUAUUUAUUGAUCUGGUAAAUAAAAAUCAGGUGCUUUGAAUGCCUUGAAUGUUCACAUACAAAACAUUCAUUGGCAAUUCACUUUAUAA